CUCCGAUCGGGCAGACAGCUGAGGGGGGUAUUUAACAUCAGCACGACCACCGAGCAGCCCUGAGUCUCUGUCCUGAACCCUCAUAAUGCAUGGGGGCAAGAGAGGACUGGUGGCUCCGCAGAACACUUUUCUGGAAAACAUUGUCCGGCGCUCCAGCGAGACCAGUUUCCUGUUGGGAAAUGCACAGAUUGUGGAGUGGCCGGUCGUUUACAGCAAUGAUGGAUUCUGCAAGCUGUCUGGAUACCACAGAGCUGAAGUCAUGCACAGGAGUAGCACCUGCAAUUUCAUGUAUGGCGACCUGACUGAUAAGAAGACUAUAGACAAAAUCAGACAGACGUUUGACAACUAUGAGUCCCAUUUCUAUGAGGUGCUGCUCUACACAAAGAAUAGAACACCAAUAUGGCUUUACAUGCAGGUAGCUCCAAUCAGAAAUGAGAAUGACAAGGUGGUGCUUUUCCUCUGCACAUUCAGAGACAUUACGCUUUUCAAACAGCCGAUUGAAGAUGAAUCAACUAGAGCAGGAUGGACAAAGUUUGCCAGACUGACGCGGGCGCUGACCAACAAUCGCAACCUGGUGCAGCAGUUAGCACCACUGAGCAAGACUGAGGUCAGCCACAAGCCCUCCAGACUGGCUGAGGCUCUUCAGCUGGGAUCAGACAUUCUCCCUCAGUACAAACAGGAGGCCCCUAAGACCCCUCCACACAUUAUCCUCCACUACUGCACCUUCAAGACCACCUGGGACUGGGUCAUCCUCAUCCUCACCUUCUACACUGCCAUCAUGGUGCCCUAUAACGUCUCCUUUAAGACAAAGCAAAACAAUUUGGCUUGGCUGGUGCUGGACAGCAUCGUAGACGUCAUCUUCCUGAUCGACAUUGUGCUCAACUUCCACACCACCUUUGUGGGUCCUGCUGGAGAGGUCAUUUCAGACGCCAAGCUGAUAAGAAUGAAUUACAUGAAGACGUGGUUUGUCAUCGACCUGCUGUCCUGUCUGCCGUACGAUAUCAUCAAUGCCUUUGAAAAUGUGGAUGAUGAUGUCAUCACAUCUGCUUCUCCAGCCAGUCAUCUCCGUGAGUCUUCACAUUUCCACAGGAAUACCACGCGGACAGAAGACUCUGUACUCCCAGGUCUCAGCAGCCUCUUCAGCUCCCUAAAGGUGGUCCGCCUGCUCCGGCUGGGCCGAGUGGCCCGGAAGCUGGACCACUACCUGGAGUACGGAGCAGCUGUCCUGGUUCUGCUGGUGUGUGUCUUCGGUCUGGUGGCCCACUGGCUGGCCUGCAUCUGGUACAGCAUCGGAGACUACGAGGUCAUCGAUGAGACCACCAACACCAUUAAGACGGACAGCUGGCUCUACCAGCUGGCCCUGAGUAUUGGGACUCCUUACCGCUACAACGCCAGUGGUACAGGACAGUGGGAAGGUGGUCCCAACAAGGACACUCUGUACAUUUCUUCUCUCUACUUCACCAUGACGAGUCUCACCACCAUCGGAUUUGGCAACAUCGCUCCGGCCACAGAUGGCGAGAAGAUUUUCUCCGUGGCUAUGAUGAUGGUGGGCUCGCUGCUAUAUGCAACCAUCUUUGGAAACGUCACCACCAUCUUCCAGCAGAUGUACACCAACACAAACCGCUACCAUGAGAUGCUCAAUAAUGUGCGCGACUUCCUCAAGCUUUAUCAAGUUCCCAAAGGUCUGAGUGAGAGGGUCAUGGACUUCAUCGUCUCCACCUGGGCCAUGUCGAAGGGCAUUGACACAGAUAAGGUCCUCUCAAUUUGUCCCAAAGACAUGCGGGCAGACAUCUGCGUCCACCUCAACAGGCAGGUGUUCAACGACCACCCGGCGUUUCGUCUGGCCAGCGACGGCUGUCUGCGCUCUCUAGCUGUGGAGUUUCAGACCACACACUGCGCACCUGGAGACCUCAUCUUCCAUAUCGGAGAGAGCGUCGACACCCUCUGCUUUGUAGUCUCUGGUUCUCUCGAAGUCAUCCAGGAUGAUGAGGUCAUCGCAAUACUAGGUAAAGGUGAUGUGUUUGGAGACGUGUUCUGGAAAGAGACCACGCCUGCCCGAGCUUGUGCAAAUGUCCGAGCUUUGACUUACUGCGACCUGCAUGUCAUCAGGAGAGAAGCUCUGAUGAGGGUGCUUGACUUUUACACGGCGUUUGCCAACACGUUCUCCCGCAACCUCAUCCUCACCUGCAAUCUGCGAAAACGGAUAAUCUUCAGAAAGAUUGCUGAUGUGAAGAGGGAGCAGGAGCGCCAGAGGAACGAGGUGACUCUCUCCAUUCCUGAAGACCACCCGGUCCGCAAGCUGUUCCAGAGGUUCAGACAGCAGAGAGAUGCUCAAACACCAGGAGAGUCUCACGCUUACUUUGAUCAUAACUGUGUGCAGGUGGAGCCGCAACACCACCAUCACUCCGACUCAAACUCUUACGCACAGUGUCAGUCUUUGUCUUCUCAGCAGCAGGAGUACAGCUCCACCGCACAGAAUAACGCACCCUGCGCAGGAGGAGGGGGAGCAGGCAGCGGCUGCAGCAUGGCUGCUCCUCUACAAGCAUUUGUCCACACUGAGGAGUCAGAGCAAAACUGCACACAGGAGGCUGGGGAGUCUAUAUCGAGGCCUUGUGCGGAGAGUCAACUUUGUCAGAGGGUCAGCAGCCCUGUACGGAGCAGUCGUGCAGGUGGAGGGGGAGCUGUAGGCAGCAGAGGCGCUCGAGGCUGGGCAAAGUUUAGAAACGCCACUUCAGCUGCACCACGGCCUCCUGCUGUCGAGCAAGAAAAGCAGCCGCAGAAAGCAGACGAGUGGCCAAAAGGAUCCCAGUCCUCGGAACAGUUAGGAGCGGCCAAGAAGAACCGGGACUCGGAGGAAAGUGCAGACAACAACAGCAACAGCACCGGAGAAGCAGGUGAAGAAACAAGCGCCCUGCACAAAACGGACUCCUGCGACAGUGGUAUUACAAAGAGCGACCUACGCAUCGACCGAGCCGGGGAUUCAAGAAGCUCCUUCGAAAGAAGCCCGAUGGAAAAGAGCCCGAUGGAGAGAAACCCGUUCGAGCACAGCCUCGGGGUCGACUCCCUCAAACACUCUUUUGUUCAGCCGGCGUCUGAACAAGCGCUCCUGCAAGUGACCCUGCAUGAGGCCAAGCUGGAGCUGAAGGGAGACAUUCAGGUCCUGAGCGGCCGCCUGUCAGUCCUCGAGUCCCAGGUGAGCGAGAUCCUCAGGCUGCUGUCGAUAAGAAGAAGACUCUCGCUGCCUCCAACGUCCUCCCCGAAGGCCAGAGUGAAAAGUCAAGAUUCAGUUGCCGCCUCCAAGCCUGUCACGCCGAAAGCAGAUGAUGGGCCUUUUUGAAUUGACUGAUAUUAAAACCCUGGAUCUCAUAAAAAAACGGAUUUAUAGAAGCAUCGGUUUGCAUGUCCUGCUGGACUCUGGCCUGCCAAAGAAACUUCUUGCAUUAAACACUUGACUGCAUGCAGAAAUCCCCUUUCAUGUUACCGUAGCACUACAAAACCCCACAAAUUAUUCUAAUAGUCUUUGACUUAUGAGGCACUUUUAUGGUCCUGUGUAUGCUACAUUUGAGAAUGCCAAAAAGGAACAGGAACAAUUAUUGAACAAACAAUGAAAAAAACCAAACAUCUAUACCAUUUUUACAGGCAUUAUAAACCAACAUAGAGCUACAUUAUCUCAUGUAUGACACUCUGAUGAAGGCUUUUGUUGAAACAUCUUAGCCUCACUAAAAAAUAUGGCGGAGCUGAUGUCAAGUCACAUUUUUCAAAACGUAUUUUGAGUCUUUUUGUAAAGCUGUCAUCUCCAUGAUCCUCCUGGACUUUUUUCCCCUGGAUGUUAAUUUACAGUUUUUGGCAGAACACCUAAACAAAGGGUUAACCUGCCAUAACUUUCAGAAUUAUUUAAACAACUUGACGAAAGCAGGAGCAGCUCAGACUUUUAUCAUCCUAAACGUUUCCAUGUGCACCCUGUAUGUUAAAUAAAUGUCUCCCUCUGUCUCAUUAAGCAGGAGACUCUCACUUUUUCGUUUUUUGCUGCCAAUCUUCAGUGGAGUGACAGUGGUGACUGACUACCUAGAGUUAUUAAUUGUCAGGUAAUAAUAUAUGUGCCUUACAAUAAUAAAGCCUCAUUCAGAGUUGUUUUGAUGAGCCAUAAUCAACUCUUUAUGGUUUUUGAGCAUAUUAUUAUAAUUGAAGAUGUUAACCCAGCGCUAUGCAUUCCUUUUAUGAGCUGUUUAGAAACUCUUUAAAUUGUGUUUGAGCUUCAUUCCCACGCAUGUAAAAUAGGAAGAGGAAAGCAAUAAUGGCAGUUUAAUAAUAGAUUUUUAUAGUUAAUUAUCAUUUUCUCAAUUUUCUUGUGAAAGAUAUAUUUUCCUUUAAACAAGAUAUUAAUGAAAUGAAUAUUUCAACAGGUAAUUGCAGCAAACUUACUGUUUAUUCCUUCAUGUAACUUUGCCUCCUACUCAGGUAUAUUUGCUCUAAUGAUGAAUUUCAGUAUUUAUUUCAGUACGAGGGAUUUUGCCUAUUUGUAAGAUGAAAUGCAAUGCUAUGCAAAUCUAAAUGAACUGACGCUGGUGAUGCAAUCAUUAGAAUUUGUUCUGUUGGGAUAAAAUGAUAACGAUGAUGUACACGAACAAA